AUUGAAGACAAACAACAAGGAAGUGGCCAGGUUAGUCAUUUAAAGUGACAGCUUUUUUUCUCUAUCCAUAAAAACGUGCAUAUACGUUUACCAAUGGGGAAUUUGAGUUUGUCACAAGGAUAGUGUGCUCCAAAGACUGGCAGGAGAGGAUGCUGCUCUUUGCCAGGGCAAGGAACAAUGGGACCCAGAGAGCCCCAGUGACUCAUGACCAGGCCAGUUGCCGGGUACUCAGAAGACGAGAAAAAACAUGUGCAUCGUCCGCACCGCUGACUUUGCAAGAUAGCAGAGGGAAAAAGUAACAUUAUUGCUUGGUCGAUACAUUUCAGGAGCUCAAAAGCCAAAAUAUUAGUUCUAACCUUGUGGCAAAAAAAAUGAACUUCCUGUCAACUUUUGUGACAUUUGAGAACCUCCAUGAGGUUCGGAGAUUGUGCCAUUGGGGUCCAGUCAUAGCCCUGUCUGUCAUUGCUAUAUGCUCCACCAUGGCUAUUCUGGACUCAAUUAUCUGGUACUGGCCACUAGACACUACAGGAGGCAGCAUUAACUUCAUCAUGCUCAUAAACUGGACUGUCCUCAUCCUCUACAACUACUUCAAUGCUAUGUUUGUUGGACCUGGGUAUAUCCCUCUUGGAUGGAGACCAGAGAAUCCACAGGAUACCCAAUAUCUACAGUACUGCAGAGCAUGCCAAGGGUACAAGGCCCCCAGAUCCCAUCACUGUCGCAAGUGUAACAGGUGUGUGAUGAAGAUGGACCACCACUGCCCCUGGAUCAACAACUGCUGUGGCCACCUGAACCACGCCUUCUUCACCAGCUUCCUGCUGCUCGCUCCUCUGGGCUGCUCGCACGCUGCCAUCAUCUUCAUUAUGACCAUGUACACGCAACUGUAUGAGAGGAUAUCAUUUGGCUGGAGCACUGUGAAGAUUGACAUGAGUGCUGUGCGUCAAUUCCAGCCCCUCAUGCCCUUCAGUUUGCCCGCCUUUGCUGCCACACUCUUUGCCUUAGGCUUGGCACUGGGCACCACUAUUGCUGUUGGCAUGCUUUUCUUUAUACAGAUGAAAGUCAUCCUUCGAAAUAAGACCUCGAUCGAGUCCUGGAUCGAGGAAAAGGCCAAAGACAGGAUACAGCACUACCAAACAGGGGAGGAGUUCAUCUUCCCUUACGACCUCGGCAGCCGCUGGCUGAACUUCAAGCAAAUCUUCACGUGGUCAGGGACGCCCAAGGGUGACGGCAUUGAAUGGCCAGUUCACCCCAAGUGUCACCAGCACACCUUAACUAUUGAGCAACUGAAGCAGAAAGCUGAUAAACGAGUGAGAAGUCAGGUCCAGUACCAGGCAGUAGAGGACUAUAAUGGAGCUUGCUGCCCUCUGAGCAAGGGUCUCCAAACCUUUUUCAGAACCCCUUGCACUGAGGAGCCGAGGAUCCCCCUCCACAAGGGGGACACCAUCCUAGCCACCCGUGGCACCAAAUGGUGGAUGUAUGGAGACAAAGUUCUAAGCAAGGAGCAAAUGAGAGUAGGAGAGCGCAUAAGGGGAUGGUUUCCAAGGCGAUGUGUGGAGAAGUGCCAUUAUGACACAGCUGCCAGUGAUAGCACCAGCGAAAAGAAAGUAAAUUAAAAUAUUUCAACUGGCUUUAUGUAGAGCAGGGGAGUUACAAUGCACAGAAGGUUUCUGUCCAUGUUCAUAAACAUACAGUACAUCCACUGAAGAUGUCAUGCCUGAUGCUGCAGGCUCACCAUCAAGAAUUUCUUACUUUGAUUAAAAUUUCCUCCCACAUUUCGAUACCAACUUGAAUUUUUAAAAGGCAACAUAGUUCUCUAAAUCUUACCGAGCAUUUUGCUGUCAGAUAAUGUCUUGAAAAAGGAGAACAGAGUUCAUGAGAAGGACUGGUCCCGUGGGUUCAGUUUGACUCCUCUGACCUAAAGUGAAACCCAGCAAGAGUCUUAAUUUCCAACAAUCGCCACCAGGCUUUAAUGUGACGUCAUUGUGAUUACAUGACUUUUUACUUGAAUAUGUUGUGUUGACUGGUUGAUGUCCUUUUUUGCUAAUUAUGCAAUGCCUCUGCCCAGCUAACCCCAGGGCUUCGUCAUGCAACUCUUUCUACAGUAUGGAGAUAACAGUUAAUUUCUUUUUAUUAUUUUUGUAAAAACAAACUGUUGGCCUCAAAGUAUAAUUGAAAAUUUAAAAAAUCUGCCUUGA